UAUAUUAUAUAUUAAAAAUAAACAACACAAUCUUAAUAUGCAAGGAUUAUUACAACCAUCUCAACAAACUCUUCUUGUUCGUUCUCCAACUGAAGGAUCUCUUAAAAGUUAUUCCAGAUAUGAAAGUAAAGGCAAGAAAAGGAUUCUAUAUAAAAAUCAUAAAGGAGAUAUUGUUGAUCCUCCUGAAAAAUCUCUUCGAUUCAAUAAUACUCAAUAUUCAUAAUCAACUUAUACCAAUAAGUCUCGAACACAUACUCCUACACCAUCAGAAACUAUUAAAACUUAAACUACAGGAGUCUUUGAUAUUCUACCUAUUGAUGAUCCUAUUUGGUUAGAAUUGAUUCCUAUUGAAAUUUAAUCAGAUCAAAAUUUCAAUCUUGAAAAAUUGAUCAAUGAAAACCAAGAAUAUUUUAUUAAUUUACUUGGAUUGUAUAUGUAGGAAAGGUAAUUUAAUCGAAUCCAAGAAUUGAAACUUUCAUUACCUAAUAAAAAACAAUAAUCUACUUAUGAUUCUGUUUUUAAAAAGCUUCAACCUUUAGAUUAAUCUAAUUUCAAUAUCAAAAUGUAUGAUUAAGUACCUUUAGCAUAGUCUCUACAAUUAUAAACUUAAUAUGAGGUAUUUUUACAUUCAUAUAUUUUCCAAGACAUCUUAUCGUACUCCUAAACCUUAAUUUCAAGAAAAUUUUAAACCUCCCUUUCAAAGAGAUCCAUCAGAAAUGCUUACACUCACAAGUUAUAAAUAAGAUUAUUUUAACUGGAAACCAACCUUAACUGAAAGAGUUGGACCUUAAAGAGGAUAAAGUACAGGAGCUUUGCCUUUUCUUGGUAAAACAUCUUAUUAAGAGGACUUUCGUUUUACUCAUUGUGAACCUACUGAGUCUGCUAAAAAGAAAUCUAUGUAAAUAUAUAUAGUAUCAUCAAUUAUUUAUAGGGGACCUUUUGCAUCUAGUGGUGCCAUGAUAUUCAAAGAAGCUUUAUCUAAAAUCCAUUAUCCUCCAUAUACAUUCGAAGAUCUACCUUUUAGAAAAUAAAACAGUAGUCAUAUCUAAAGCAAUGGAUCUUAUGAUGGCUAAUUUAAAACAACUUUUAAAAAGUUUCAAUACAUUCUUUUAUAUUAGAUCUUUCGCUCAUAAAGUACCUGAUCCUAUUAUUCAAGAUAGAUAUUGGAAAUAAAAGCUAAUAUAAAAAAUUUUAGAGAAGAAGUAAAUUUAAUGA